GCGACGUGUCUGUAAAGAUGGCUUCAGAGUGUUCUUGCUCGGAAAGAAGCAUGUAGUUUAUAGUUGAUCCGGAGCUCUGGGUGGUAGUGUGCCUGGCUUUGUUCCGGCCCCUGCAACAAUCCGAUGUGGUUAAAGGGACCUGAGUUUUGUUUCUGCUUCCUGUACCUCGCUUUUUAUUUCACCAACAAGUAUGUCCUUUCGCAAUUGAAGUUUACUUAUCCCACAAUUUUUCAAGGUUGGCAGACACUUGUGGGAAGUUUAUUUCUUCAGACUGCCUGGAAACUAGGAAGGGUGGAGAUCAGGAAAAAUGUUCUAUGGUCUGCCAAGGUUUCCUGGAUCCCUGGUGCAUUACUGUUUGUGGGUAAUAUUUAUGCAGGUUCCCGGGCAUUAUCUAAACUGCCUAUUCCAUUCUUCUUGCUGCUUCAGAAUACGUCUGAGGUUAUUGUCAGCAUAUUCCUGAAAAUUGCCAGGAAAGAGAAAUUGUCUUGGCCUAAGUUCCUCGGUAUGUUUAUGUUUCCUUUAUCUGCUGUCAUUUUGGCAUACAGUGACCCUCAGUUUGACCCAGGAGGCUAUAUCUGGGCAAUGAUACACGUUCUCAGUGUUGGUGGGUACAAAGUGUUUCAGAAGCUAACAAAGUCGUAUUCACUAAGCGAGCUUGAGGAGCAAUUCUUAAACUACUUAUACAGUGUGCUGAUAUUGAUCUUAUUGGCUCAGCUUUCAGGUGAUGUUUAUGGUGCUUUGGAGUUUCCAUUCCUCAAUUCCAAACGAUUUCGCAGUAGCUGCUGCGCAAGUGGAAUUUUGGGGGUGUCCUUGCUUUUGGUUUCUGUAACUGUGAAGAGCAAUCUGUCUUCAGAACAGUAUGGUACAUUGAGACUGGUAACAAAGGUUUUGACUGCGUGUUUGUCAUUGGUUGUCUUUGAGACUCUUCUGAAUGUAACUACAAGUUGCUGAAGUGGAGCAUCAAUCGUAGAAUUCCAAACCUGAGCACGUAUUCAAUUUUCCCCUCGAUGUUACUGACAGAUUGUACCAGGGAGAGACAGAGUUUAAUGGUGUGAAGCUGGAAUAGCACACAGGUCAGACAGCAUCCGAGGAGUAGGUAAGUCAGUGUUUCAGACUGAAACCCCUCUUCAGUCCCGACAAAGGGUUUCGGCCCGAAAUAUUGUCCACCUAUAGGCUCUGGUUUCCAGCAUUAGCAGUCCUUAUUGUCUCCUUGACAGAGUUUAAUCCCUGCUGGAUGUGGAUCGACGUACAUGAUUUUGUCUUAAUGGUAUCCCAAUGGUCCAACUGUAUUCACUCAAACCCUCGGGAGUCUCUCAGAAUGGCAGCAUUGAACUGGAUCAUUGAUGUCAAGAAUUCUCUUGUUCACAUUCAAAAGUAGAUACUAAAGUGAAACAA